CAUGACGUCAAUUGUCACGUGAGCCGUGACGUCUUGCUGCACAUAAUCUUUCCGUGUCGUCUGCUAACGGACGAACGCCACGGAACGGACCGAGAGUCCGUCCGGAGCGAUAGAACGGAUUAGAACGGCUACCAGACGGCUUGGAUUGGAUUAGAACGUAAGUACUUGGGACAGUUAGCAUCUUUCGUAUCCGGUUCAAUCCGAUUCCGCGCUCCCAACAGUUGGAGAACAUGGCGUUUUUCUCUGCCGUGCCUUUUCGUGUCGCCUGUGCGGCUGGUGCAGUCGCGCAGAGACGACGACCCGAGGUAGAUGAUGCAUUUAAAGAGUUGACGGAAGAAGAGUUCCGGCAGUAUUUUCGUCUGUCCAAACGAACAGUGCGUAGCUUGUGCGACGAGCUGCACCCUAUCAUUGGAUGCCAGCGAGCCAGUGGCCUUUCCACAGAAAGGAAAGUGUUGUGCGCGCUGCGAUUCUUCGGCACCGGAAGCUUCCAGAGGAGCGUUGGUCGCGAGGAACACGUAGGCAUGGCACAGUCGGCCGUGAGCAGCACCAUUCACGAGGUGACAGAGGCCAUCAUUUCCGUGUCUUCCCGGCGAAAGUUGGGACUCAGCCCGGCUGACACGACGAGCUUCAUGUCGAGGAAGGGUUAUUACGCCCUAAACGUCAUGGUCGUGUGCAACGCGGAACUUCGCAUUCUUGUUGUGGACCCCCGGUUCCCUGGUUCGUGCCAUGACUCUUGGGUGUGGCAGCAUAACCCACUGCGUGCACGCCUAGCCGCGCAACUGCAGCCUGGCGAGUAUCUGCUUGGAGACUCAGGCUAUCCUCUCGAGCCAUGGCUGCUUGUUCCAGUACCUGGCAGCCAUGCCGGCACCACCUCUGAAGGCCACUACAACCAGGAGCACGCAUCCAUGCGCAAUGUUGUGGAGAGAUGUAUCGGGGUGUUGAAAAGCAAGUUCCGCUGCUUGCAGCGCUUUCGGACACUGCUAUACAGCCCCGAUAGAGCAGCGCGAAUUAUUUAUGCAUGCGUUGCUCUCCAUAACAUUGCCUUGGACGCGGGCGACUGGACAUUGGACGAUUAUGGUGGGGAAGUGCCACCAGCUGAGGAGCCAGGAGACAUCCAGGUGCUGGCACCACACGACGUGUUCCUCAGAGGAAGGCAGCAGUGCAGCGCCGUUGUCAACCUUUUCUGA